AUGUGGCAUGUGCGCCUGCUCUCGCGGUCGAGUUUUGUCUUAGAUGAGGGGUGCCGCUGCGCUGGCCUGGCCUCUGCUCUUCGCGUCAACGCGGUGCUGAAAACUCUCUACCUCACCGCCAACGAGAUCGGCGACGAGGGCGCCGUCGCGAUCGCCGACGCCCUUCGCGUCAACGAGGUGCCGACCAAGCUGAACCUCUGCUUCAACGACGGUCAAGGCGACGAGGGAAAGAGAGUGAUUCGGGAUGCGCCGUGA